UAGCAACCUCGAGUAUCGGGCCCUCUACCAUCUCUUGUUUGCCCCUCUAACUGUGAAAGGACAAAAGCCCUUCAUGAUGGAGCUCGUCACACAGUACAUCCUUGCUGUAAGUCACGCUUUGUGAAAGAUGAAGAGCCAAACAGAUACUGACCAACCCACGGCUCCUUCUCCUCAUCCCCAUGACGAUAGGAUUCCAUCGCCUAUACUUCCACCCACUCCGGAACCACCCAGGACCACGAUUGUGGGCCGUCUCACGUCUCCCCUGGCUCUACAGCACAGUCAAAGGCACCAUUAUCCAGGACCUCAAAGCCUUCCACGAACAAUACGGCCCCGUAGUUCGAGUAGCACCCAAUGAACUCUCAUACACCAACCCCGCCGCAGCAAAGCCAAUCUACCAGUCCAACCCGGAAUUCCCAAAGGACCCCAUGCACCUCCCCCCCUUUCACAACGGAACACCAGGCAUCCUCGCCGCAGACCACCAAAACCACCGGCGCUACCGCCGUCUGCUCUCGGGAGCCUUCUCCGACCGGGGAAUGCGCGCCCAGCAAAACAUGAUCCAGCAUCACGUCGACCUGCUAGUCUCACAACUCAAACAGGCGGCGUCACAAGACAACAACAACAACAACAACAACUCGGUAGACAUGUGCCAAUGGUACAACUGGACAACCUUUGACAUCAUCGGCGACCUCGCCUUUGGCGAAUCCUUUGGCUGCCUCUCCAACGCGGCCACGCACGAGUGGAUCGCGUCCAUCCAGGGAAACGUCAAGGCCAUCCCCGUCAUCAACGCCAUCCGCCGGCUGAGGCUGGACUGGAUCAUCCCUUUGAUCGCCCCCAGGAAACUCCUCGCCAUGCGGGCUCGCAACGCAAAGUUCACCGAGGACAGGGUGGACGCCCGGAGAGGGCUCGGGACAACGACGCCACGGGGUGACUUGUGGGAUGGUGUGAUGGAGGGCAUGUCUCGGGACGAGAUGAUCAGCAACGCCAGCGCCAUUGUCCUUGCGGGGAGCGAGACCUCGGCCACGCUGCUGAGCGGGUGCACGUGGCUGCUGCUGCGGAACCCCCAGGUGCUGGGGAGACUGACGGAGCAUGUACGGGGGUCGUUUGGGGAUGAGUCGGAGAUUGACCUGAUUAGUGUGGGGAAGCUAGAUUACAUGCUCGCUGUGCUGGAUGAGGCUUUGAGGUUGUACCCGCCUGUUCCUAUGCAGAGUAACCGCGUGGUGACUGGCAAAGGGGGGGGCUCGAUUGCGGGUGGAUGGGUUCCUGAAGGGACCUCAGUGGCACUCCAGCUCUACGCGGCAUGUAGAUCCAGCAGUAACUUCCACCGGCCGAAUGAAUUUCUCCCUGAGCGCUGGCUCGGGGGAAAGGACGGGGGUGCCUUUGCCGAUGACCGGCGCGAGGUAUCUCAGCCGUUCAGCAUCGGUCCCCGCAACUGUAUCGGCCGCCAGCUCGCCUACGCCGAGAUGCGGCUCAUCCUGGCCAAGAUCUUGUGGCAUUUUGACCUGGAGCUGGAUUGCGCCAAGAUGCAGGGCCGCGAUUGGAUGGGGGGCCAGGGGGUUUGGAUCCUGUGGGAUAAGCCACCGCUCUGGGUGACGGUGCGUCCCAGGCCGCGUUCCUGACUUGUUUGAGUGUGCCGCGGAGGAUUCAGUGUGUGAGUGGUAGUGCAGUAGUAAUGCAAUAGUGACCACUUCCCCCACCUGAGCCCCUAUUCAGAUAGCACAGGGUGAACUGU